AUGAUUCAAUAUGCGUCCAAGCAUAUUAAUGAAGUAGAUAAAUUUCUAUUAAUCGUUUCUGGUGAUAUUCUCUCACUAUUACUUGAUGAUCCAAUUUAUAAUUAUCCACAAGUUAAAACAAUUUAUGUAUAUUAUAGUAAUGAUCAUGAUCUGGAACGAGAUAAAAAUGCCUAUCAAAUCAAAUAUGCAAAACUUCGGUUUUUUCAUGAAAACGUAAAAACACAAAUAAUAGGAAAAUUAAUGGUUGAUUAUGCUAUAAAUUCACCAAGAUCGAUUGAACAUGAAACAUUAGAUAGUGCUGUAUCAUCGAUAGAACAACGUAUUAGUACUAAACUGUCAAAUAUUGUCAGUUGUCAUUCACCAAAAUCAAAUCGGCUUUCUAACACAACGACACAUAAUUAUUCUAUCAGAACUAUGGAAGAAAUUUCAUCCCAUUCUAUAUGUUCAAAGUGUAAAUUAGUAUUUCGUGAGUCUUAUCAGUUCAAUUGUGGACAUCGUACUUGUGAAUCAUGUACUAGUUUUAUAAAUAAUCAAAGAGUCUGUUUAACAUGUUUUGAAGUCUCAUCCUGGCAAAACAUUCAAUCUGAUCGUGGUUUUUCUCGAGACAUACAACAGAAAUUAAUAUCUUGCUCCAUGUGUACUUGGGUUGGAUCUUCCGAAAUCUAUCAACAACAUAUCGAUCAACAGCAUUACAACAGUGAAUCUAAGGCUGUCUUGGUCGAUGCCUAUACUCAACUGUAUGAACAAAACAAUCUUGACCAAACUGUAGAUACGAGUGGAACACAACAAGAUACCAUGUCCAAUGUUUUUUCUUCUUCAUGUAGUAUAUUUUUACCACAUCAUAGUAGUAUGACUAAUAAUCAACAACAAAUUCAUAGUAUAAUUCGUCAUAAUCACAUAUUAUUUCAAACUCUUGCUCAAAGUCUCAGUAUUAAUUAUGAUUUUAUAGCUCAAGAACGUAGAUCAAUACAACGAAUUUUAGAUGAUGCAUUAUCUACUUCUUAUUGUGGUGAAUAUAUCUGGAAAAUAACCGACAUUCAACAGAAAAUAGGUAUUUAUUAA